GACUGAGAAGUUGUUCCCACCCUUCCUGGCUGGGAGAGCGAGAGCUCUGCGGGUGCGUGUUUGGGGAUUGCGGCCCACCCCGGGAACCCCAUCCUGGCAGUUCAGUCCCCCUCCCCAGCACCCCACAAAUCCCAAAUCAGGGCCUGCAAACGCCUUUUGCACCCCAGCAAAAUAUUCUAUAGUCAUCUAGCUCCCUGCGUGCUACUUACAACCCCUCCCCCCAGCCCAGCCCCUGCCCCCAAUUCUGCAAACUGCUGCCCAGGGCCUGUCCUUGUGGGCGCCACCGGCCUGGGCCCCGAGAGAGGCCUUUGGGGGCUGCGCCAGGCCGGGCUCCCCCGCCUCCCUCCCUGGCGCAGCCCGCGGCCGCCGCUCAGACAAAGGAGACCCUCCCCCUCCUCCCCUCCCCCACCGGGGCCCCUCCGCUGGGGAUGGACACUGCGUGUCCCCGGAGGCCCGCGGGGGGAGGGCUCCCCGGGCUGGAGAUGAUUUAAAUACCGAGAGGGAGGGGGAGGCUGCAGGAGCGCUCGGUGGCGAGAACAAAGCGGGGCAGAGACACGCAAGGGGGGGGGAAGACAGCCGCGGAGGGGGCCGCCGAGCAGAUGCGGAAGCCGCGGGGACACCGGCGGAGGAGGGGCGGCCGCGGCACCCACCCCCGCAGCCGGGACCCCCGCGCCGCCCCGCGACUCCUGCCUCUCCCCGAGGGCGGCCGCGGCAGCCCGGCCCGGGGUGCCCCCAACGCCGCCUUUGUGCAGCAACCCCAAGCGGGGGAGGGGGCCGAGGCAGGCAAGGCCGAGCAGAGGGCGCCCGAGAGCGCGCGGCGCGCCCCCGCCCCCCGUCUGGCCGCCCCCUUGCUUGCCCGCGCGGCGCGCUCUUUGUUCCCGACCCGAGCCCGAGGGGGCGGCCGGGGCCGGGGCCCGGGGGCGGCGCGCGGUACCUACGUGUCUUUGUGGAGCAGGGCCAGGCGCUCCUUGGGGACUUUGAGGCGUUGGGACAGCCGCUUGCGCAGCCCCUCCACCGUCUCGUCCGGCGGCACGGACAGCUCGUAGCGGGUGCCCGUCGUGCUGUGGAUGGCCAGGUUCAUGGGCGCCGCCUCGGCAGCCGGGCCCAGCUCGCAGGCGCCGCCUGGGGCCCCGCGCCGGCAGCUCCGGGCGCCGCCGGGCUGCGGCUCCAUGCCCGGCCCGCGCUGGGGGACUGCGCCGCCGCCGGAUAGCAGGCUCGGGAGUCCGCGGGCCGCCGCCAAUCCACGCUGCGCCUGCGGGGGCGGGGGUCUCCCCGAGCCAAGGUCCUCUGGGCGCUUGAGGGCAGGGGAGGCACAGCGCGCCCCCUUCGAAAACGUCCCAGCGGAGGAAGGCAGAGCGAGAAUCCGAGAGGGGCUCCGGGGUCGCGCCGGCUCCUUUGGCACCUUCCGGGGGUGGGGGCCGAACUCGCGGCUCGGGCGGAGAGGGGCGGGCGGCGUCCGCGGGCCUGGCGCGGGGGUGGUCCUGGAGGAGGGGGCGCCGCGGCGGUCGGCCGCGCUCGGAGCCGUCUGCGCUCGGGCCGCGCUUCCCCUCCCUUAGCAACAGCCGCCGCCGCCGCCGCCGCUCGCAGGAUCUGGGGGUGAAAGUAACAAGAAAAAAAAGUUAUAAUGUAUCAACGUUCCAAGGGGCGGGGCCGCCGCCCCCUCCCAUUCACUACUUACUCCGCCGGCCCCGCGCCGACCAAUCGGCGCCCAGCGCCCGCGCGCCGCAGCCAAUGGGAGCCGCCGCGGGGCCCCCCACGUGGGCCGGCCCCGCCCCGCCCCCACACCGCCCCCCCGCCCGCGCCACAGCCAUUCAUAAGGGCCGGCGCCGCAACAAAGGGCCGGGCGCCCGGGGCUCGGGCCCGCGCCCUCCCGGGGGGCGGCCUCGCGCGGGGCGGGGGCGGCGGCCAUUGUCCCGGGCCCGGGGGCAGGAAGCCGCGGGGCCGUCCCGCCGCUCCCGUCCGGGAAGCAGCCGCAAGCGGAAGCGGAGCGGGCCCCGCGCCUCGUGGCCGGCGCUGGCGGGGGCGGGGCCGGGUGACGUGGCCGGGCCGCGGGCCCCCACCAGCCGGUGCCACCUCGCGCUCCCCCGCCCCUGUCCCCCGGGCCAGGCCCGGGUCCCGAGACGCGCCCGCCCGGGCCGUGACGUGACGCGGCGUCCCCGGCUGCGCCCGCGCGCGCCGCUCCCGGCCGCGGAAAAAUCCUGCUCUCUGGCCUCAGUUUCUCCAGUUGGACUGCAUUUAGGAGGAAUUCAGCAGGGCCACUCCAGCCCCUCACUCCCAGCCUCCUGGUGGGCGCAGCCUCCCUACCUAUGGGUGAGAAAAACUGAGGCCGCCACUGGCUGCUGGCCGCCACGGGGCACAGCAGAGACCUGCAGGUCGCUGUGGGGGGGGCAUUCUGAUGACCAGGUUGGGGCGGGGGGCCGAAAGGGAGACCCCGGGCUGCGCUCCCCUCCCACCCCUGCCCCCGCUUAUCUGGAUGGGUGAGUUUCUCCCUUUAUCUACCCUGACCACCCCCGCCCCCACCCAAGCCCUGGGUGCCCCUCCCAGGGUUGUGCUGGUUUCCAGGUCUCCUUCCUGCUCCCACCCAGCCCGCCCCGCGGCCUCUGGCCACCCACCCUGAGGGAGGCACACCCAGACACUCCCAGCCCACAAGGCGAGGGGAGGAGCUGUAGAGCCCUCGGAGGGGGUCUCCUGGGUUGGGGUUUGAGGAGCGAGUAGGAGUUCACGGAUGAGGAGGUGGGGAUGCCGUCAGCAAAGCCUUGGAGGCCCAGAGAGCUAGCAAGGCCGGGCAGGGGGCCCAGGGGGCUCUGGAAACCAGGGCAUCAUGCGAGGGCCCACCCUCGGUCCCUGUCCCCCGUCUCGCCCCUGCUCUCUGGGAAGACAUUUGCCUGGCCAUGCGGAUGCUGUGUGACCUCAGGCCCAUCCCUGACCCUGCUGGUCCUCUUCCUGUUGCCGGAGAAUGGAGCUUGGGUCCUGGAACUGAGGUGCUGGGGUUGGGGGGUGAAAGCAGGCCCCGUGGAGAGAAUGGGGGGCAUCUUGCAAGAGAUUGGAAUGCAGCUGUGGUCCCUCAGGGAAAAACCACUGCAGUUUCCUUGUCACAGCUCUCAAGUGACACACACACUGAGGCCUGCGCCCCAGCUCCUGGGAUUUGGCACCGGGUGGCCCCGUGCACACCUCCAGCCCUCCUGCCCUGGCUGAGGGGUCUGACCACUCAGCUGCUCCCAUGGCCUGAGGCCCUGCUCCAAGGUUCACACCUCCCAAAAGCCUGGCAUGUGUGGGGGGCCCUGGCAUGGGGUGCACUGCCCAGCUGGCACAGCUCCCCUCCUGCUCCCCCUUCCUGUGUGAGACUGUGGUUGUAUUUAUAGCCCUUGGCGGCCAGGCCAGGAACGUGGGGACCUGGGCUCCCAGCCGGGGCCGCUGCACCUGUGACCCCGCGACCAUCCCAGCUCUCUGGGCUGAGUUCCCAGGGAAGUGGGGGUUGGCUGCUUGCCCCCCACACAGGCCCGCAGGGAGGGGACCUGGGCCAGACUGACAGACAGCCCGAGCUGUGGACAUGCCUGUGCCCCCACGUCACCCAUGACGUCGACACUGGGCACAUGACCUUGGGGACGGUGACAUGGGGUGAGAGGCCAGUCCCCCCGGCCAUGCCUCAGGGUGACCACCCCACCACGGUCCCGCCUGCCGGUGACACACAGGGUGGCCUGGCAUUCCCACACACUCACCCCCCUGGAAUCCCCUGGAGCCAGCGCCCUGCACCACGUGGCCUCAGCGGGGAGGACGUGGGGGUGGCACUGAGGCUGGGCAGUGCCCAUGGAGGUGCCCACACCCCUGGGUCCCCAGCCAGGCUGCACCACCCACAGGCCGGGCGUGCCCAGGGCGGGGCCUCCGUGGGAGCUGGCAGGCCCUGCCCCUUCCCAGUGGCUGGCGGGGGCCGUGCCACUGCCCACCCAGUCACAGUGCCAGGCCUGCCCACCGGAACCUGGCCUCGGCUCCAGUGUCCACUCGGCAGCCGCUGCCAACCCCGGCCCUUGCAGGCGACCCUCUGCUGUAACCCCCCUCCUGGGUGAUGACGAGCACCCCCCCUUCACCCUGAGCCUCGGGGGUCACUGAGGCCCCCCGGGAGCCCCAAGGACCCCGUGGGUGCUGCCAUCAGCCACUCACUUCAUAGAGAGCAAUGGGGGGGCAGCAGGGUCCCCAGAUCCACCCACCCCAGGUAGGAGAGACAAAGCUGCAGGACAUAGAUUCAGCCUUCGUGCUCUUUAAUCAUGGGCACGGCCCAGAAAGUUCCACGGAAGCGGCUCAGGACAGAGAUCUCAGCAUCCAGCCCUGUGGGGACAGAGAGUGGGGGGUGGCCCGACUGGUUGGGGGGAUCCCAGGAGGCAGAGGAAAGCCCCCCGGACUCUGAGUCCCCCACACCCAGCCUUGUGAGUGUCCCCCGUUUCCUCCCUGGUUUUAAAGCGAACGGGCAGGGCCGAGGGGGUCUCUGGGCCUGCCUGGGAGCUCAGUCUCUCCUGGCCCCCCACAAUCAGCUGGGACCCCAGGGAACAGGUUCUCACGGGUGGGAACCCCAGCCCGGGGCACUGGCCUCCCUGUGGUGGGAGGACACGCACCAGCUACUCGAGGGCUUUCACCAGGGCCUCGUUGGCCUCGAUGCGAACUAGGAUCUCGGCCCGCGCGGCCUCGUCCGCCACCCCUGGCAGCUCCGACUGCGCCUUCUCCAAGUUUGCCUUGGCUGCCUGCGGGGGCGGGGGGCAGGCAGGGAUGAGGGCUGGGCCGGGACCACCCGCCCCCAGCAGCCAGGGAGCUCCUGCCCACUCUGUGCCUCGGUUUCCCCUCUAACACUCACCCCCAGGUCCAGCAUGUCCAGCGUCACAGCCUCUUCGGCCAGUAGCUGCACUGAGGAGUCGGCGUUCACCGUGAUGGAGCCACUGCUGACUGUGGAGGGAAGGCGGGGCGUGGGGGUCCGGCAUGAGUCCCACCAACGGCAGAGUCCCCUGGUGAACUGACAGCCCCACAAACGCCCGGGUCCAUGUCCCUGAAUAUUCCAACAACCGCCGGCCCCGGCCGACCCCAGGGAGCUGAGUGCCAGAAGUGGAAAAAUAGAAGAUGCCCAGAGAGGCUGGAAAGCAGGAGGGAGACCCAAAGACACUGGGGACCAGGGGGCCACCAAGGGCAUUUGUUGGAUGCUGGACAUGGGGAGGGGCCCCCCUUGCUUCACCCACCAGCCCACGAGCUGAGCAGGAAUCAGAAGCCAGGCGGAGCCGGGUUCGAAUCCCAGUUCCACCACUCUAGAGACAGGUGACCUGGGGAAGGGCUUUCUGAAAAUCAGAUCUCUGUGCACCAGAUGCCCAAGUCUUUCCUCUGAUGUGUUUCACUCCCCUGACCCAUCACGUGUCAGUUUACCGCCUGCCAUCGGUCGGGGUGAACUACGUCCCUCAGCUCCCCAAAGACACACUCAAGUCCUAAUCUCCUACCUGGGAAUGUAAUCUUAUUUGCAAACAGAGUCUUUGCAGAGAUAAAGAAGUUAACAUCAGGUCAUGCCAGAAAGCAGAAUGCACCCAAAACCCUGUGACUGAUGUUCUUAUAAAAACACCGCAUGAAAACAGAGAGAAGGCAAAGGCUGAGAAAGGCAAGAUGUGGUCGCAACCCAAGGACUGCUGAAGCCCCUGAAAGCUAGAAGAGACCAGGAUGGAGCUUCCUCUAGAACCUUCCAAUGGAGCUGGACCCUGCCCACACCUCAAGCCUGGACUUCUAGCCCCCAGCACUCUCAGAAAAUAAACUUAUUUAAUUUAUUAAAAACACUGCCCCGUUCGUGGCACUUUGUUCCAGCAUCUCCUGGAGACGAGGGUGCCGGGCGAGUGCAGGGUCCCUUCCCGUCUGUUCUCGGCUGCAUCCUCUCGGCACCUGGGUCUGACUGUGCAGGCAACCCCUGCAGACUUCAGUUUCCUCGCCACCUCGCCGGGGACGGGAACCCACCUGCCCCCGCUGCCGCCAGACUCACCGAAGAACUUGGAGGUGGUGCCGUCCUCGGCGUGGACCACCACCAGCCCGGGCCGCAGCACCUGCAGCGUGGGCACGUGGGCGGCCAGGAUGCCGAAGGCCCCCGUCUGCGUGGGCACGUCCACCUGCCGGACGUUGGCGCCGUUGAAGAACACCUGGGAGAACGGGAGGGGACGGUCACCGCGGGCCGGACCCGCGGCCACUUGGAACACAGUGUCUCCUGCUGCGGACGGGUUGGAGGCAGGACCCGGCGCCGACGGAGGGCACAGGGGCAGCCCGGACUG